AUGCUUGGUGUCGCGAUCGUCGCCACGGGCUAUAUGCUCACGACCCGCGGCCAUUUCGAAGGCCAAAAUCUGCUCAAGUUGGAUCGCAUCGGCGGCAUAGUGUGGGUCGGUCGCCCCGUGUUGUUUCUCCGGAGUCUCACCGCGCUCUGCCUCCUCUCGACGGCCAGCCUGGACCUCGGCACGUCGGGUUUCGUCAGCUACUUUGACCGAACGCCGUUGCCGUUUUACAAGACGCUACUGGCGUCCUGGGAAGUCGCGUGGCUCGUUGUCGUCGUCGACGACAUGGGGCUUGUCGUGACACGCGAACACGCGCGGUGGUACCUCUCGAUCCACUCGGUGGUCGUCUGCUGCGGCGCAGUGUUCUACUCGUACUUUAUCCCGGUCGCGCCGAGUUUGAUUGUUCAGAAGCAGUGCCACGUGGUGGAAAUGGACAUGCAGUUACUCUGCGCAUCCGCCGACUUGAUGAUUGGACACGUGCGUCGACUUGUCGGUAUCGUGGUCUGCACGCUCCUGUCGCACCUGCUCGGGUACAUUCUGGCGCGUCUUGUGAUUGGACCGUUGCGGCCGACGAUGGUGACGUCGCGCCUCUUGUCGGCUGGCGCCAAGUACUUGUACAACCACAGUCGCUGCGUCGUACACGGUGUCUACUACCUGGACCGCGCGUCCGCGGCGCUCAAUGGUGUCCUCACGUAUCGCCACCAGAACGUCCUGUACGCAUUCGACAUCAAGCUGUGGCGGAUCCUGGCAGCGCCCGUGCCAGACGACGGGGAUCUGCGAGACGCGCUGCCACUCCCCGACGGAGUCGUGGGCAAUGAGCCAUGGACGACGUUGUAA